AUGAGAAUCAGAACAAAUCUUGGUACAAAUCGCUCAAGAGCAUUGAAAAAGUGCAAGGUGAUCUGGGGCUUCAUGUUGGAAAACACCUUAUUCACGGAAUUCCAAGAGGAGAAUCAUGACAAGAUUGAAGCAGCUUACAGUCAACGAAAAAAAAGAAGCACAAGCUAUUACAUUGAAGUGGAAGACACUAAUUUACCAAAACCUUACAAAGCAAGAGUCUACUUUGGUGUUGCUCGCAUGCAUCUUCGUAUGCCAGGCACUCGUUACUAUGUAGAACGACAUGUCAUUACGCCACCAUUGCCUUCGCCCUGUUCAGCAACAUCUCUGACUGGUUCAGACAUAUCAUGCUCAUCACCUCUUCCAAUGACACCAGUCUGUAUGCCAUCUCCUCUGUCUACCGCUUCUACCACUACCAAUACCACCACAAAUUCCAACGGUAGUUGUUCUUCGCAUUCUGAUUUGUUAUAUCCUCCACUUGACCCCACUCUGGCAGCUCUCUUUUCCGAGGAUUUGAUUCUUCCUAUCUUAAAUGUUGCCAUCUCUGGUCAAAAUGCUAGUAUGGAUCAACAGUUUUUUACACCUAUUGGCAUCGAAAAUGUAAGAACCGGCGAUAUUGAGACAGUAUUUGGCAAUUCCCUGACUUCUAGUGGUUUCAACAGCAACAAGGGUUGGAAUCAAAUCAACGAAGGGACUCAAGCAUAUAACAAUUUUAGCUACGCAAAUAUGAACAAUUUUAGCAAAGAUAUGGAUAUGGUCUCUUCUUUGGAUCACAAUAUGCAGUAUUUUGGCAAUGGUCAGUGCAAGCAACAGCAACAGUAUCAGCAACAGCAGCAGCAACAAUCUAAUGCGUCUCUCAACUCCAUGCUUGUCCAUGAUUUUGCUGGUCCUUUUCCUGCCGAUGCAAAUAAUCUAAUUCAAGUUACAAACUGGCUAAAUGAUGAUACUCUCUAUACUCCAGCCUCUGCUUUCAGUAACAGCAACAAUGGCAGUAUUUCGUUGCAAGAAUUGGUCUCAUGGCCUCCACAUGGACCGUUACUAGUACCCAAGUUUAAUAAUAGCUGUGAUGCCGGAAACAUUAACAUGACGAAUCUCUACAAGGAUUUAAAUCGCUUUACUUUUUGA